CCGGCUCCGCCUUUGUGGGCGCGUCUUAGUGACGUAUGAGGACGCGGGGAGGACUGGUAAACAAGCCCCUCAUCAAAACAAAUCCGCAGCAUCAACAGCUCGACGACCUCGCCCCGACUAGAAGACUAGACAUUUGGAUUUAUCAGGUUGCCGUGACGAUGAUUGGCAAGAUCCUCUCCCACCUGCUCGGCGGCGGCGGCGGUGGCGACUACGAGGCCAGCGAUGACGUUCUGGAGGAUCUGCUGGAGUCUGAGGAGGGCGGAUGGGUGCUGGUUAAUCUGCCAGAUAACGGGCCCCUGACGUCGGCGCCGGACGCGGACCCCCUGGAGAACCUGCUGAUCGAGCACCCCAGCAUGUCCGUCUACCAGAUGAGACGCCGGAUGAGUGGCGCCGAGGAAGAGGAGGACGGCUCGGACGAAGAUGAGGAGAACUCUCCGAGGCCCGUGGAGGUGAGGAGGCACAUCUCCUGGCGUCUGGCGGCGUGGGGCGUCCCGCUGCCCGUGGACGUGCAGAUGCUCCGCCUCCAGCGGGCCGAGCGCAAGAAGCUGAGCCGCGGCGCCCUCGCCAGGCAGAACCUGAUCAAGGCGCGCUGCUCGCCGGCGGAGAGACGCUACAAGCAGCCCAGCCAGCGCCUCUACAACUACUGAAGCCGCCCUCAAGCCGUCCGGAGUGGAAACUUUAGACAGGAAGUGACGUGGAUGUGCCUUCAAAAUAAGUUUUACAUUUAACUUACUUCCUGUUUGCUGGUGUAAAUAAUCUUUUCUAUUUGUGUCUAUUUAUCACAUCGACAAUACACUUUUGCUCUCUGA